CACACACACACACUUCACGACCACAUCAUCCAUCACCAACAGUGUCAGAAAAAAUGGCACCAAUCAAAGACUUCGUAUCCAAAUUCUCCGACUUCAAGAACAACAAAAAACUCAUAAUCCUCACGGCCGCAACGGCCUUUCUCUUCGUCGCCGCCGUCGCCGGAAUCGUCGCCGGAGCUGCCAAAGCCAACUCGAAACCCUCGAACCUGUCCCCGUCGUCCCACGUUGUCCUUAGGUCCGCUUGCAGCUCCGCCCGGUACCAAGACCUAUGCGUCUCUGCCAUCUCCACCUCAGCCCUAACAGGGGUCGAGCUGACGUCGCAAAGGGACGUGAUCGAGGCGUCACUGAACAUAACGACGACAGCGGUAGAACACAACUACUUCACGAUCAAGAAGCUGUUGGAGAAGAGGAAAGGUCUGACGAAACGCGAGAAAACGGCGUUACAUGAUUGCUUGGAGACGAUAGACGAGACUUUAGAUGAACUUCACGAGGCCAUGGAUGAUCUGAACGAGUAUCCCGACAAGAAAUCUCUCCGACAGCAUGCCGAUGAUCUCAAAACCCUAAUCAGUUCCGCCAUUACCAACCAAGAAACUUGUCUCGACGGUUUCUCCCAUGACGAUGCUGACAAGAAAGUUCGCAAGGCCUUGGAGAAAGGCCAGAUACACGUAGAGCACAUGUGUAGCAACGCACUAGCGAUGAUCAAGAACAUGACCGACACCGACAUCGCCAACUUCGAGCUCAAGGCCAACAACCACCACCGCAAGCUCGUGGAAGAUCCGGCGGCGGUUGUCGGCGGCGGAGAGAUGGACGGCGACGGGUGGCCGAAGUGGCUCUCGGCGGGAGAUCGGAGGCUCCUUCAGUCAACGACGGUGAAAGCCGACGCCACGGUUGCCGCCGACGGCAGCGGGAACUUCAGGACAGUGGCGGCGGGGGUGGCGGCGGCGCCGGAAAACAGCAACAAGAGGUAUGUGAUUCACAUAAAGGCAGGAGUUUAUAGAGAGAACGUGGAGGUUGCGAAGAAGAAGAAGAACAUAAUGUUCAUGGGGGAUGGUCGGACGAGGACUAUUAUCACCGGAAGUAGGAACGUUGUCGAUGGAAGCACCACUUUCCACUCCGCCACAGUUGCCGCUGUCGGAGAAAGGUUCUUGGCGCGUGACAUCACGUUCCAGAACACGGCAGGACCGUCGAAGCACCAGGCCGUGGCCCUACGCGUCGGCUCGGACUUCUCGGCCUUCUACCAAUGCGACAUAUUAGCAUACCAAGACUCGCUCUAUGUCCACUCGAACCGUCAGUUCUUCGUAAAAUGCCUCGUCACAGGAACCGUGGACUUCAUCUUCGGCAAUGCCGCGGUCGUUUUGCAGGACUGCGACAUCCACGCACGUAGACCGAACUCCGGUCAGAAGAACAUGGUCACGGCCCAAGGUCGGACCGACCCUAAUCAGAACACAGGGAUCGUGAUCCAGAAAUGUCGGAUAGGUGCCACGUCGGAUCUCCAGUCCGUCAAGGGUAGCUUCCCGACGUAUCUGGGCCGUCCGUGGAAGGAAUACUCACGGACGGUCGUGAUGCAAUCUGAUAUCUCCGAUGUGAUCCGACCGGAAGGUUGGCACGAGUGGACCGGGAACUUCGCGUUGAACACUCUUACGUAUAGGGAGUAUGCGAACAGAGGAGCAGGGGCAGGGACUGCUAAUAGAGUGAAGUGGAGGGGCUUUAAGGUAAUUACAAGUGCCACCGAGGCUCAGGCGUUUACCGCUGGCCGGUUUAUCGGUGGGGGAGGCUGGUUAUCGUCGACCGGUUUCCCUUUCUCCCUCGGUUUAUAAGCGAAGGUGAUAAUUAUUUAAUUUUUGGCUAGUUUCUUGUUUAAUAAUUCAGUAAUUGAAGGUUUAAGUUAAGCAAGUUGUGUUUCUUUUGUAUUUAAGGGAGGGGUGAGCUUGUUGAUGAUGACACGUGGCCGUGUGUUAUUUUCCGAUUUUAUCUCGAGGCCACAGUAAAAAAAAUAUAAAUAAAGGUCGUCGUCCAAAAUCCCAUGAGCUUUUUUAUAUGA